ACUGCUGUUAAAGCAGUCAUGAAGAAAUGCAAUAAAUUCCUUGUUGUUUUAUGAAAAUUUACAACUUUGUGAUAGAACUUUAUGAGUGGCUGGGUGCUGCGAUUGGCCAGACCUGGUCAUGUGGACUGCUAACCGUGAACAUGAACUUUUUAUGAUUUCCCAUGUGGUUAUUCUACCAUUCUUUUGGCCGCUGUACCUUGGGUCGGAUCACUGUCCUCUGUAGGACUAUCGCCUCUUUUAACAUUAUCUGUUUUGUUUUUUGUUUUUUUAGUUUCGUGUAUAAGCUGGAUAGGGCUAAAAAUAGAGGAGAAGAAAGGCAAGCUAAGCUCUCUCUCUCUCUCUUACCCACACACACACACACACACACACACACAAACAGAUCUAGGAGAGAGUUUAGACUGCUAAUAUACUGAAAUCCCCGCCCUUUCCGUUCCUUAAUUCUGUAGGUUCAAUUUCCAUAUUUGAUUUUGGGUUCUCUGUCUAGUGAUUGAGAGAGAGAGAGAGAGACUCUGCACCGGAUGGAGGCUUUUGUCAUUCUUCAUAAAAGGGAAGUUACUCCAUUUUCGGUGCAAAAGGACACUGCAAAAGGGAGGGAAAUAGUCGCAAUGGACGGCUAUCAGGUUGGGACAAUAUUUGUCAGCUUAGGCAUAAUAGCAAACGCAACUCGCCCCCCUCCUCCUCCUUCUCCUCCUCCGUUUCUUCUUCCUCCUCCUCUAACUCGCAGACGGAUGAGCUUCCAAAGGAGCAAUUCUGUCCUGUGGUAUCAAAUCACCAUCUUUCUUCCUUGGCAGAAGUCAGCUUCCAAAAGACACCGGCGAAGGCCUCCCCACCACGUGACUUUGAGGGUGCCAAUGUCCUUCCAUGAGGGGGUCAGCCAGAGCCUGGUAGCAGCGAGCGAGCACCUCGGGGAGCCCGAACCAUGCAGAAAACGACCUACUACGACACCUCCACCCUCUUCGGGGGCUACUCCUACCCGGGGGCCAAUGGCUUCGGCUACGAAGGGCCCCAGCCUCAGUCUUUCCAGCCUGCGGCCCACGUGGAGAGUGACUACCAGCGGCCGGCCUGCACCCUCCAGUCCCUUGGCAACGCUGCCCCCCUGGCCAAGGCGAAGGACCUGAACGGGAGCUGCAUGCGGCCCAGCCUGCCUCAGGAGCACCACCCGCCCCCGCCCAUCUCGCCGCCCCCCAACCCCAUCGCCCCCAACACCACCAGCAGCAACGGCAGUGGCGGGAGCAGCAAUAACCCUAGCCAGCCCGGUGGGGCCAAGAGUGCCUCCAGCAAGGCCGGCCUGGGCUCUGGCAACACYGCCCUCACCAAGCAGAUCUUCCCCUGGAUGAAAGAGUCGAGGCAAAACUCCAAGCAGAAAAACAGCUCCCCCAGCUCAGAAAGCUGCAGCGGCGAGAAAAGCCCCCCGGGCUCUUCCUCCUCCUCCUCUUCGUCGUCGGCGUCCAAGCGGGCCCGCACCGCUUACACCAGCGCCCAACUGGUCGAACUGGAGAAGGAGUUCCACUUCAACCGCUACCUGUGCAGGCCCCGGCGGGUGGAGAUGGCCAACCUCUUGAACCUCAGCGAGCGGCAGAUCAAGAUCUGGUUCCAGAACCGGAGGAUGAAGUACAAGAAGGAUCAGAAGUCCAAAGGCUUGGGGUCUUCUUCCGGAGGUCCCUCCCCAACCGGGAGCCCCCCACAAGCCAUGCAGUCCACCGCCGGCUUCCUCAACGUCCUGCACCCCAUGACUUCCAACUACGACGCCCCGUCGCCGCCCUCCUUCAACAAAGCCCACCAGAAUGCCUACGCCAUGCCCACGGCCUACCAAAACCCCCUCAAAGGCUGCCCGGCCCCGCAGAAGUAUGCCAACGCCACCCCCGAGUACGACCCCCACAUCUUACAGGGUAACGGGGGAGGGGGCGGCGGGGCGGGAGGGGGCGGCUACGGGCCCCCCAACCUCCAAGGCAGCCCCGUGUACGUGGGCGGCAACUACGUGGACUCCCUGCCCAACUCGGGGCCCUCGCUGUACGGGCUGAACCCCCUCCAGCACCACCAGCCCCCCAGCAUGGAGUACAACGGGGGCCCUCCCAUGGGCCCCAACCAGCACCACGGACCCUGCGAGUCCCACCCGACCUACACAGACCUUUCCACCCACCACGCUUCUGCUCAGGGUAGAAUUCAAGAGGCGCCCAAGUUGACCCAUCUGUGAUGCGGGGCAGGACAGACUCCAGCGGGGCUUGCGGGGAGGAGGGUUUGGGAGGAGAGAGAUGGGCCAAUGGGGUGGGCAUUGGUUGGUUAGGGUCCUUUGGUGGGUGGUUUGGCUGGUUGUGUUGACGUGUUGGUGGGAUCUUCCUUUGAAAGCCACAGUGGCAACAUUUGUGUUGAAACGCCUUUAAAUAUCCUUCAGACGAGCUCCUUCUUCCCACUCACAGCCCCCCCCCCCAAUGUGUUGAGGUGCGAUGACUCUCAGGCUGGAUCUACACAACCCUAUAUCCCAGGAUUUGAUCCAGUAAU